AUGUCCGUCAAGCCGGUUUCGUCGACUCUUCUCUACGCCGCCUCCCACGCGGGGACCGUCACUACUCUCAACCUUCAAACCUCUGAGUCCGGGGCAACUUUGGAUGCAAUCUCAACAACGACGGAAUGCGCUGCCAAUCCUUCCUGGCUCACCCUCGACCAGUCAAAGUCUCUGCUCUACUGCGCGGACAGAGGCCUCACCAAUCCCAACGGCACGCUCGUCUCCUUCUCAAAGUCUGAGAACGGAACCCUCUCGCCGCUUGGCAAACUGGAGACCAUCAAGGGUGCCGUUAGCUCUGUUGUCUACGGCAAGGAUGGUGGUGGAAUUGCGCUGGCAUCUUACCCUGCAUCCUCUUUCGAGGUCUUCUCUGUAGCUGACCCGAGCGACAUCAAGAGGUUGCAGUCCUGGACGUACUCGCUGAGCCAACCAGGCCCGAAGCCCGCUCAAAAUGCCCCGCAUCCCCACGAGGCCAUCCUUGACCCCACGGGGGAGUUCGUGUUGGUUCCAGAUCUGGGAGCCGACCUGGUGCGGGUUUUCAACAUCAACCAGGAGACAUACGAAUUGACGCCUAGCACUUCUCUCAACGCGGCAUCCGGAAGCGGCCCAAGACACGCCAGAUUCCUCGUCGUCGGCAAGAAGACCUUCUUCUUCCUGUUGGCUGAGCUCGGCAACACCAUCACUUCUUACGAGGUCACUUACAACCAGGAUAAGACUCUGGAAUUCAAGGAGGUCUUCGUCGUUGGCACUCACGGCCCGGACAACGUUGUCCCUGUCGGAGCUGCUGCAGCUGAGAUCCACGUCUCUCCCGACUCUCAGUACCUGGUCGUUUCUUCCCGCAACGUCAGCACUUUCAGCAUUCCCAACUUCGACAAGACCAACAGCACCGAGAUUGUGUCCGACGCGCUGGCCACAUUCGCCAUCGACCAGGAGACGGGCCACCUGAACUUCACUCAGCUCUACCCUGCUGGUGGCAGGUUCCCCCGCCAGUUCUCAAUCAACAAGGCUGGUGAUCAGGUCGCUGUUGGUCUUCAGUCAGAUGGACGUGUGGUGGUCAUCAGCAGAGAUGUCAAGACCGGUCUUCUCAAGGAUUUCAUCGCGAACAUUGACAUCGCUGGCGAGGUUGUGUGCGUCAUUUAUGACGAAUAG